CUCCCCGCCCAGAGCCCGGAUGAGGAGUAACGCCAUUACCGCCCGGGCAGCUACGAACAUUCGCGGACUGGGACUGGACACUUGGCGGGCCGCACCAUGAGACUCCUCCCCCGCUUGCUUCUGCUUCUGCUGCUCGUGUUCCCCGCCACCGUGCUGCUGCGAGGCGGCCCGGGAGGCUCAUUAGCAGAGGCCCAAGAUCUUACGGAGGAUGAAGAAACAGUGGAAGACUCAGUAAUCGAAGAUGAAGAUGAUGAGGCUGAGGUAGAGGAAGAUGAACCCACAGAUUUGGCAGAAGAUAAGGAAGAAGAAGAUGUUUCUGGUGAACCAGAAGCUUCACCAAGUGCAGAUACAACUAUCUUGUUUGUAAAAGGAGAAGAUUUUCCAGCAAAUAACAUUGUGAAGUUCCUGGUAGGCUUUACAAACAAGGGUACAGAAGAUUUUAUUGUUGAAUCCCUAGAUGCCUCUUUUCGUUACCCUCAGGACUACCAGUUUUAUAUACAGAAUUUCACAGCGCUUCCUCUGAACACUAUAGUACCACCCCAGAGACAGGCAACUUUCGAGUACUCCUUCAUUCCUGCGGAGCCCAUGGGUGGGCGACCCUUUGGUCUGGUCAUCAAUCUGAACUACAAAGAUUUUAACGGUAAUGUAUUCCAAGAUGCUGUCUUCAAUCAAACAGUUACAGUUAUUGAAAGAGAGGACGGGUUAGAUGGAGAAACAAUCUUUAUGUAUAUGUUCCUUGCUGGUCUUGGACUUCUGGUUGUUGUUGGACUUCAUCAGCUCCUAGAAUCUAGAAAGCGUAAGAGACCUAUACAGAAAGUAGAAAUGGGUACAUCAAGUCAGAAUGAUGUUGACAUGAGUUGGAUUCCUCAGGAAACUUUGAAUCAGAUCAAUAAAGCUUCACCGAGACGGCUGCCCAGGAAGAGGGCACAGAAGAGAUCGGUGGGAUCUGAUGAGUAAAUGUUCCUUUGUGCAACAGUUGAGUCUGUGCUUACCCUUCCCUAAUGUUUUUCGGCCUGAUGGGAAUUAGUGCAGAGAAGCCAUAUCACCAUAGAAGGCACCUCCUACUUAUGUGUGGACUGAGCGAGCAGAGUCUGUGGCGAUGAUAUUGCUGAAAAUGCACUGCGUUCAUUUUUCUAAAGUAACAAAUUUGGUUUUUUUUAAACCAUUAAAAUCUGUGUGUGCGUGUGUAUGUAUGUGAGCAGUUGGUCUUACCUGAAUCAUUGUUGAGCUACCUGAAACAUGCCUUUAGAAUACCAACUAUGAUGCUGUGGUCACUUCCUUAUGAACAUUGUCUGAUUUUCUUUACCUCCAAACCUAAGUGAAUGAUUUGCCCAGUAUGUUGCAGAUGUCUUGCCUUUAACUGUUUUAAAGAAAAUAAUUUGUUUCUUCCUUUGAAUAGCUGCAGUCACAGUUGACGGCACAAAUUAUCAUUUUGUUGUUGUUGCUGUGUUACAACUGGUAUUCUAAAGGCACAGCAGGAGUAGCUGCUUUUUAGCAAUAGAAUUGUUUUGGCAUUUUGCUGCUGUUUGCGAUAAUGCGCACCUUCAGAAAACUUCCCAAAAGGGUUCAAGGAAUUUUGGGAUCUCUCUAGCAACAAAAUUGUGUGAAACAUUCAUUCAGAUAUUAAUUUGCUUUGAAUGUUGCCUGCCAACUUUGAUAUAUAUAAAACCCCCUUUUUUAACAAAGAGAAAACUUAAUCUGGGCAAACUGAGUUUGUGUUGUCCAUCGUUCUAUUUCUGACCCAAGGAUAGCUCUGGAAUGAUUACAGACCUACUCGGCUUUAAAAAAAAAAUAAACAGAUAUGCUUUUUUCUGUCCUUAAUAGAAGCAUCUUUUCUUAAGAAGAGGUGCCUGGUUUAUAGACUCUGCUGAAGAUCCAAUUAUUCCCAACUAUUUCUCUUCUGUAAAAAAAAAAAAAAAAAAACAAAAAACAAAAACCAGUCUGAGUUGGAUGUUCUUAAAACAGUUAUCCAUUUGUUUUUAUUGAAUCUUUUGGGGGAUUUGGUUGUUGACAUGACCUUUUUUUUAGUUAACGUGAAAAAUUCUAAAACUUUAAGCACUUAAAAACAUGAGAACCAGAUGGGCUUUCUGAACUCCUCUUAGAGUCACAGUUGCUCUAGGUAGUAAGUUAAGUUUGGUGUUUUUGUCAGACUGGAUUAAGGGUAAAGUAAAUCGUAUGGACACAUUUUAAGCCAUGUCCUCCCAGAUAUAUUUUAUAAGGAAGUGGUAAAUGAAAUUUUAGUGGCUUUUAAAUUUUUGACCUCUUCAUUCUCACCAUCUGGCAUACUCCUUCUCACACCUAUGUCCACACAAAAAGAAAAGACAACCAACAAAAAGAAACCACACAGAAAAUCUUCCCAAGCUGUUUAAGUAUUGAAGCAUCUGAGCCAAAGUCAGUGACAAUAUAAAUUAUUGUAGAAUUGUUCAUCACUUUGCAAGUAGGGGCUAAGAUGUUGUGUUACCUAUAUUGGCAUUGCUGAACUAUACACUUUCUAUACCUGUAUAAUAUAAAGUGUUUGAUUUUUAAUUGGGCUGUAUGUGUAAUAGUUUAUUUUGAAAAACUGAGAGUUCUGAAUAACUGUGGGUUUUGGUUUUUUUAAUGUAACAUAGCAGACAUUUCAGGUAUAUUCCAGACAUUUUUGUGAACAUAAUAGUUUGCAGAACUAGCACGAAAUGCAGUAAGGUAUAACUACAAAGUGUGGCCUCAGAGUUUAUCGAUACCUGGCAUUAUGUAGACAGUGGAAAACCCACGCUGAGUUUCAGCUGCUGGCCCUUCCCAUGCCUGCAUCACCUGCUUCGCAGACAGCCCUCCCACCUCUGAGGCUCAAAUUCGUACCUCAGAAAGGUAGCCUUUAUUAUUUGUCAUGUUUAACUUUUUAGUAUAGAUUGGGAACAGUUGACAGCUCUUAAAUCCUCAGAUGCCAGGGCUUCACCAUAGCAUCAGUAAGUAUUUAACAGAAACUAACUCCAUAAUGAAUGGAAUUGAAUUCCACACAUGGUUUGUUCAAGCACACUUAAUAAGUAGCCUAUUUUUUUAAAAUAUCUUUUAAAAAUGUAAAUAUUUGGAUGAAGUUUUUCUUUGUUUUGAUAUUCAUUUGCUACACCAACCAUGGUUUCAGAAUUCACAUUUUGAACAACUUGGUUUCAGAAUCUGUAAAAUGAACUUUAAGGAUCUUGUAUAUUAAACCUGUUGGCCAGACAUGUGAGAAUAA